AUGGCGGACUGUAAAGGGUGUCGCGCCGUCAGUGACGUGUUGGUCGGGGCUUGUGUGUUUCACCACCUGGUGAAUCUGCAGAAGUUGUAUUUGGGUGGGAACCAGCUGCAGGAUCUACACGCCGGUGUCUUUGACAAACUGACCAAACUGACUAUCCUGAGUCUGCACACACAUCAAUUACAGGCUCUCCCCACCGAGGGAGCGUUUGGUCUCCUGGGAAAUUUGGAGAUUCUGUACAUGUGCUGCAACAAGCUUAUAGAGCUGCCUAGUGGCGCGUUUGACAAACUCACUCGGCUGAAGCAGUUUGGCCUGGACCAUUAUCAACUUAAGAGCGUUCCCGUUGGGGUGUUUGAUCGCCUGGGAAAUCUUAAGAAACUGUCGCUGUACGGAGCCCAGCUGACGACCAUUCCCAAGGGUGCCUUCGACAGCCUCAAGAAGCUGCAAUACAUUUGGCUGCACAGUAACCCCUGGGACUGGGCCUGCCGCGUCGCUUCGCGGAGAGAUGCCAAGACAUCAGCCCUCCACUCGAUGCAUUGCUGUUCCAUACAGCCGCACGUGAUCUACACACACACGAGAUGGAGCGAUUAUCCAAGAAGUCGAUCACUCGUCUAA